ACAGUAGAGCCCAUACUCUUAAUAAUUUAAUCAACUAAUCAAUAUUUUUUUGGUUAUGUCACGUUUAGGAUUCCUAUCUGUAAACUACCUUACCACAUAUUAUGGGAGUCCUAUCUCUUACACUAAUAAUAUUAAACUUCAGAAAACCUAAAUUAUUUUAGUGCUUAGACGAAGCAGCUGGAGACUUCGGAGAAAGAGACAGCUUCACAGUGAGAAACACUAUGAGCAGCAAUCAUCAGACUCAGGUGAUGAAGCAACUAGAGCCAUGGUGCGAGCUCAAAGACAAAGUGGUUCUCCUAACAGGAGCUUCAUCCGGCAUCGGAAGAGAGAUCUGCCUCGAUCUAGCCAAAUCCGGCUGCAAGAUCAUCGCAGCCGCUCGCCGUCUCGACCGUCUCCAAUCCCUCUGCUCCGAGAUCAACGCCUUCUCAACAAAAACCAAACUCGCCGCACCUCUCGAGCUAGACGUCUCCUCAGACUCAUCCACCAUCCAAAACGCCGUCAAACAAGCUUGGGACAUCUUCGGACACAUCGACGUCUUGAUCAACAACGCAGGCAUCAGAGGAAACGUCAGGUCGAGUCUUGACCUAUCCGAAGAAGAAUGGGAAAGAGUCUUCAGAACAAACUUAACCGGACCUUGGCUAGUAUCAAAACACGUCUGCGUUCUAAUGCGCGACGCCAAACGCGGAGGAGGUUCGGUGAUAAACGUUUCCUCCAUCGCGGGGCUUCAGCGCGGGAAGCUACCGGGAGCGUUGGCGUACGCGUGUUCGAAAGGAGGGCUGGAUAUUAUGACGAAGAUGAUGGCGGUGGAGAUGGGUGAGUAUGGUAUAAGAGUGAACUCGAUAGCGCCGGGGCUGUUUAAGUCGGAGAUCACGGAAGGUCUGAUGAGGAAAGAGUGGAUGAAGAAUGUGAGGGAGAGGACUGUACCGUUGAAGGUGCAGCAGAGUGUGGACCCGGGGCUUACCUCGCUGGUUAGGUAUCUGAUUCAUGACUCUUCCAGGUAUGUCUCUGGGAAUGUUUACAUUGUUGACGCUGGUUCUACGUUGUCUGGUUUGCCGAUUUUUUCUUCUCUUUGAGAAGUUAAAAAGCUUUGUGUGUGUGUUUGUGUAGUAAUAAGUGAAUACAUUUUUCUAAAGGCUCAAUGACGUCUUUGUAUACCUUGUCUUGACCUUCAAUCACAACUUCCUGACACCAACACACAACAUUGUGGGUCAGUCUUUGCAAAUGUCAUUGUGUUUGAAAUGGAAGAGAAGAGAGGAUAUAAACCUGCCACUGCCAGCCAAAGGGAUAGAGAAAGGAAUAAGCAUCCUUAUUGUCAGAGACAGUCAUGAAUCCUUUCUUGCUUUCUGCACCAAUUGAUCCAUUUUAUCAUCA